UGGUCAUGUCAACAACUAUUCUGCCGACGUAAUAGGAGAGGAAUGCAGCCCAAUAGAGCGAACACGGAAGCGUAAAGAGUUCAGAUCAUCGGAAUGUCAUACCUCUCAGUCGCCUCAUGUGCGGAAUUCACUGUGCCAGGCAGUACGAGUUCAGCAUGUCAGAACGGUACCGGCGGUUCUGCUGGGAUGCCAAGACCUUCUUUGCCUUCCUACUCGGGGACCUCUUAUAUCCCUUCUGUCCUCGCUUGUCCACUUCGUCCGUUCGUUCUCCCUCUAGCCUGAAAGACGAUGCGUUCUCUCUCUGGCCUACUACUGACCCAAGUCGCUCUUUACCCUCUUUUCUCUCUCUCACUCCCAACGCCCAACCCCCUCCCCGGCCUACUCACAAUCCCCCUCCAGCGUCAAGUCCAGCAAGGGCUCCUCUUCCUCAGCUUUGAGCAAACCAGCCCCAGCCCCGCAGCAGGCCCAGACGGGACAUACAACGCUGCGGUCGCGAACCAGCAGGUGCAGGUUGUCACUGCCGUCCAGACUGGGAAUGGGCAGACGUUCCCCGGUAUGCUGGUCGACACGGGGAGUGCGUUCUUGUGGAUGAACGCGGGGCAGACGAAAUAUGCCCCUGGGCCGCAUUCGCACUCGACGAACUACACCUUUGCCGUGGGGUAUGGUGCGGGAUCUGCCACUGGCGUGGUCUACCAGGAUCAAGUGACGAUCGGCAGCGCGACCGUCUCCGAGCAAUACAUCGGUGCAGCAACGAACGUGACCGCCUUCCAUGAGCUGGUAAACUUUGACGGCAUCCUGGGCCUGGGCCGUGAUAUCGGGAACAAUGGGUCUAUCCAGGGGUUACAAGUCACGCCUACGUUCGUCGAUUCCCUGUAUAACGAAGGUAGGAUCUCUGAGCGCACGGUGGGGAUCUACCUCGCUCCUUUUGGGGAGAACGGGACGCAGACGAAUGCUGGAGAGCUCACGUUUGGCGGAGUGGACAAGAGCAAGUUUGAGGGUGAGCUGGUGUGGGCACCGCAGAUGCAGAACGAUAGGCAUUGGGCGGUGCAGAUUGACGGAGUGGCCUAUGGUUCGCAGGGCUUGCAGAAUGGUACUUCACAAGCUAUUGUCGACACUGGCACGCUACCCAUCUUGCUGCCCUUUGACGCCUUCUUCGGCCUGCACAAUCUGAUAAACGCAUCGAUAAUGGACACCGGCCCGCUCGCCGGCUGGCUCAGCGUCCCCCCUGAGAUUGACCUCCAACCGCUGACGUUCACCAUCGGCGGCUCAGACUUCCCCCUCCCACCCGAAGCGUACCUUAUUCCCGAGAGCCUAUACGAGCACUUCAACGUCACUGGACCCGAGAGGCCAACGUGGUUCGCCAGCGGUGGGUUCGGGAACGCAGCUCUGGGACAAAAGUUCUUAGAGAUGUUCUAUUCCGUAUAUGACUCGGACGAGGACCGAAUCGGUUUUGCUCCUCUUGUCGGGAGCGGAUCGAUGUGAACUCUGUCCGCUACAGUUUCGGUCUGUUCUCCCACUUCAUACUUCGGACAAUGUCGUGGACAAUGUAGCUAGAUAGUC